UUCACCGCUAGUGCAGGAGUGCAAAACUUCCCUCUUUCCCCCUUCUCCUCGAUUCCCCCCAAACCCUCGCUCGCUCCCUUCCUCGAUCCACCCGUCGGCGAUGACGCUGGGGAGCUCCGGCGCCGGAUCGAGCGUCGUCGUUCCUCGGAACUUCAGGUUGCUAGAAGAGCUUGAACGUGGUGAGAAGGGCAUUGGAGAUGGAACAGUGAGCUAUGGAAUGGACGAUGCAGAUGACAUCUAUAUGCGAUCAUGGACUGGCACCAUUAUUGGUCCACAUAAUAGUGUCCAUGAGGGUCGCAUAUACCAGUUGAAGCUGUUCUGUGAUAAGGACUAUCCGGAGAAGCCACCAUCUGUCCGAUUUCAUUCCAGAAUCAACAUGACAUGUGUUAAUCACGAGACUGGAGUGGUUGACUCAAGGAGGUUUGGUGUCCUAGCAAACUGGCAGCGAGAGUACACCAUGGAGACUAUCCUUACCCAGCUCAAGAAGGAGAUGGCAACCGCACAGAAUCGCAAGUUAGUGCAACCUCCAGAAGGGACGUUCUUCUAGAGGAGUGUUACCCCCUAGCUCAUCUCCAGAAUUCAGAUUCAACAUCAUCAACUUAUAUCAUCCCCAGAAUUCAGAUUCAACAUCAUCAACUUGUAUUAUCUGGCUCCUGCGCUUAAUUGUUUUCUAGUUCUGUUUACGCCCCUGCUCUGUGUGUACCAACAAUCGAAUCAACUUUGCGCCUUGUGAUUCGUCGGGUGGCUGUUGAUUCAGGAGAUGGGUGGGAUGAAAAGGGUUUCGCAAAAUUGGCAGUAUGAAGGAUGUAAAAUUAGUGACAAAUGUUGUGUCAAGAAAUGUGUAACUGCAGGUCCUUUAUAUUGCCUACAUGAAUAUAGUGGUGCAUGCUUUUCUUUCA